AUGACGUCGCGAGAAGAAAGUGUCUUGGCCGCGAGAGACCCGUCCCUCGUCGAUGAGAACGACUGGGAAGAAUUCAGCCUUGCGGAGGUCAAAGUCCUGAUUCCAGGCAAGUGGCGCUAUGCGAAUCUCAUCAACGCCUCUCCAGACAACCCUGUGCAAGUGACUGGUUGUCUGGAGGAGGUGGAAGAAGCUCAAGAGAAGCUAGUGAUCGACGAGGACUACAUAUCGAAACGAAUAGUCAUUGACAAUGUUACCCAUUACGCUUACGGACAACAUGCAGAUGGAGAGGUCGGUAUCUGGGUUGCUGGCCGUGCUGGCUGGUUCUCCAUCACGCCAGCGAGGGGCUAUCGACCCAUGUUCAAUGAAAUGGUAGAGGCCAUCGAUCUGCUGUAUUUCCUAGCCGACAGACUUCAGAGCAAGCGACGCAAACAGAAAACCCUGAACCCGAGUGUUGAAUACCUUUGCGAAGAGUAUGUCAUCCACACGCAUGGGAUAUGUGAGGAUGCCGAUGACUCGCUGGAGGUUAUUCAUAAACACUGUGCAUUCUUGCUCUCGCGGAUGCUCAAGGGAGAAGAGGGCGUCGAAUGGACCAAGACCGACUUGUUCAAACACCUCUGUGAAAACUUCCCGGAAGAGUACGAUCGAGCGCAAGACAUGCUCAACCCCAAGUCUGAAGACCAAGAGGACGAGGACGACGACAACGGUUCAGAAGACAAUGAAGCCAAUGGAAUUCACAACGCACAUGAUGAAAUGACAGAUGCUCCAACCUUUUCCUCGGAUGAAGCCUCGAUCUUCAGAACACAAGCUGAGGCCAUCUACCAAGUUAUUAUGGACUUGAAGGAAGCAGGCCAUUUGGCCAAGCGUCAACUAAACCUUGAGCUUGUGGCUUCAAAUCUACUUAGCGGCUAUGAUAUCGAUUCUGUGGAACACGCACAUGACCUCAUUGCAGCAAGAGCGGGCUUUCUUGUCGAGAUGAUGGAUCAUGCAAAAACGUCGAACUUUGACUGGUCCCGCAAAGUCAUCUACCGUGAACUGAAGGCCGUGUCAAAACAAACCAAAAAUCACAUACAGCAUAUAGCGCUCACCCCACUACGUCCACGAAUUGCUGAUAGUGAAGAUUCGUCUAGUGAGGAGAGCGAGCAUGAAGUCCAUCCAAGGGCACGAAAACGUCGUGUCCGCAAGUCCGUGCUGCGACCGAAGAGUGCUAUUUCUGCCAAACAGAUUGGAAAACGAACCAGAAGCUCCAUUACAGCCAACGAAGGAGAUCCAUCGGAUGAGAGUCAGGAAGAAGAUGUCAAUGAACUUGAUACACCGAGUAAAGUUCGUGGUCAUGAAUUCGUCCGGGAUCCGUUAUCCACUCGUGCAAAGAGACGAACUCGCUCGAUACUCUCGAAUUCUGGCAUCCCUUCACCACAAAAGACACCAUUGCAUGAAAUUCUCCAAAUAACAAACGUUGCUACCCCUCCUACGGAACACGAGACUUCAGAUGAAAUGGACACUAUUGACCUUGAAGGGUACCCCCCAGAUACCUGGAUCUGCCAGGUUCAAGGCUGCGGGAAAGUUGUUCUAAAGAGUGGCUCCAAACGGGGCAAGGAUUUGAUCCAGGACCACGCACUGGCGCACGCAGACGAUACCCAGACAAAACUAGACCUCGUACUUGCCGAACAGAGACUAAAUGUUGGUCUUCCAGUGGGCAACUUGAUCAGUCUCAUUCGGGAUUCCGCUACAUCAACAGGCUUGAGUAAUAUGACCGCCCAGCACACCGAAGGGUGA